AUGAACCCUUCUAAUCCACCCCAAACUGCCGAAUAUGGCGGAGAUGAAGUCUCAGCCAUUGUCCUUGACCCGGGCUAUUCGACCACCCGCGCUGGCUUCGCUGGCGAAGAUGCCCCCAAGUCGUUAAUCCCAACAUAUUACGGCAAGUACAACGCCGAUGGCCAGGAGAAAUUCGUCUACGGAGAUGAUAUUUUUGUGACGCCGCGCCCUGGUCUUUCCAUCCACAACCCGAUCGGCAGGGAUGGCAUUGUUGAGGAUUGGGACAUGGCAGAGAAGGUGUGGGAGCAUUCGUUCACUUCCCGACUCACGGGCGCGAAACCAGGCAACCCAUUCCAGAAUGGAUUGAACGAUAUCCCCAGCGAGGAACUCCCAACAGAGAUGGAGGUUGAAUCGGAAGAGAAGCCUUUGGCGGACAGCCCAUUGUUGAUGACCGAGCCCGGAUGGAACCCGGCCAAGGCACGCGAGAAGACCAUUGAGAUUGCUAUGGAAAAAUGGGGUACCCCAGCUUUCUACCUGGCACGGAGUGGUGUGCUUGCUGCUUUCGCUUCUGGUAAAGCCUCCGCUCUCGUGGUGGACAUCGGCGCCUCUAAUAUCUCCAUCACCCCGGUUCACGAUGGCAUGAUCCUCAAGCGAGGUGUGCAGCACUCACCACUAGGAGGCGAUUAUAUAUCCUCCCAAAUUCGCGCAUUGUUCAAGAAGAACUCCCCGCAACCUAUCACCAUCACGCCCCACUACUUGAUCAGCUCUAAGAACGCUGUCGAAGCUGGCCAAGAACCCCAGGUCAAGUUCAAGACUUUCGCCGCCGACAAGGCGCCCGAUGCUUCUUACCGCGCGCUCCUUGAGGAGCGCACCCUCUCCGAGUUCAAGGAGUGUGUCGUUCAGGUCUGGCCCGGCCCGAACAAGCUCUCUGCCACCGGUCCCAACGGCAUUUCCAACGAAGAUGCCGCACGCUCAUCUCCCGGCCGACCCUUCGAGUUCCCGGAUGGAUACAAUCAGGUCUUUGGUGCCGAUCGCUUCCGCGUUGUGGAGUCUUUGUUCGAUGCUAAAGCUGCCAUCCCCGAUCCCGACUCUCCCUUCCCUGUUCCUACCCCCGCUCAGACUCUUCCCGAGUUGAUCAAGGCAUCCCUGGCCGGUGUGGACGUCGACAUUCGCCCCCACCUGCUCGCCAACGUCGUCGUCACCGGCGCCUCCAGUCUGCUUUACGGUUUCACUGACCGUUUGAGCCAAGAAUUGAUGGCCCAGUUCCCCGGUCCGCGCGUUCGUAUCUCGGCCCCCGGUAACACUGCCGAGCGCCGCUUUGGUUCCUGGAUCGGUGGAAGUAUCUUGGCCAGUCUGGGUACUUUCCACCAGAUGUGGAUCUCCAAGAAGGAAUACGAGGAGCACGGUGCCAACAUUGUAGAGAAGCGCUGCAAAUAA